CAUCUCUGUACUUCACACGUCGCACCCACUGCCUCCUUGGGCCUUGGCCGCUAAAAGCGCCCACACUCCAAAUCAGAAAUCUUUCUAUGCUUGCCUGCCUCACGCAUAUCUCGCUGCUCUUUUUGAACUCACCACUCUCUAUAUAUCAGUUGAGAUCUUUCUCUUCUCUUCUAUUCUCUUCAGAAUUUCAGUUACGUCUUUUCUCAUUGCCUUUCUUUCUCUCCCUCUGUUAGACGAGAAAUGGUGUAUUAUACUAUAUCGGGAAUUGGAAUACAUUCUCCAUGUGUACCAUCAGUUCACAAAUCUCAGUUCAUUGGCUUCCAUGGUGAUCGAAGGAGCUCUGGACUUUCCUUCUUGUUGAACAAGGAGCCAUUUUCUCAUCUUUGCUGGAAAGUCCUCUUAUGAUUCUGACUCCUCAAAUUUAGCAGUCACAGCUUCUAGUAAAGUCCUUGUUCCAGGUGGUCAUAUUGAUAACUCUUCUACUUCGAAAGAUCAGUUAGAAACACUUGGUGCAGUUGCUGAAGAAUCUCAGGUGGUUAGUAAUGCAGUGAAUCUCGAGAUGGAAAAUGACAAGAAUGUUGAGGAUAAAGUAACACAGGAGGCAUCUAUUCCUUUGCAUGAGGCAGUUAGCUCUGAAAAAGGUGAAUCUGAAUCAAGGUCCAUUACAACAUCUGGCAUUGGAAAAAGUGAAUCUAAGACAAGGUCGAUUCCUCCACCUGGCACAGGGAAAAGAAUAUAUGAAAUAGAUCCAAGCUUGACAGGUUUCCGUCAGCAUCUUGAUUAUCGUUUUUCCCAGUACAAAAGACUGCGUGCAGAAAUUGACAAGUAUGAAGGUGGCUUGGAUGCAUUUUCUCGUGGCUAUGAAAAGUUUGGUUUCACACGCAGUGAAACAGGAAUAACUUAUAGGGAGUGGGCACCGGGAGCUAAGUCGGCUGCUUUGAUUGGAGAUUUUAACAACUGGAAUGCCAAUGCCGAUGUUAUGACUCGGAAUGAAUUUGGUGUUUGGGAGAUCUUUUUGCCAAAUAAUGUAGAUGGUUCACCACCAAUUCCACAUGGUUCUCGAGUGAAGAUACGCAUGGAUACUCCAUCUGGCAUCAAAGAUUCUAUUCCUGCCUGGAUCAAGUUCUCAGUACAGGCACCGGGUGAAAUCCCAUACAAUGGCAUAUAUUAUGAUCCACCAGAGGAG